CUUCUUUCGGGGAGGCUCGCUGGUGGGAGGGGCCGCCUUCCGGGAGCGCGUCCUGGAGUGGGAGGAGCUGGCUGGGCGGUAUAGUGAGGGAGCUGCGCUGGGGGGCCCCUGGCCGAGAGUUCAGAGGUGGGGAGUGGGUCCCUGCGGGGCCAGGAGGGGCGCGGGGAGGUUCUGGCGACCCGGCGAGACUACUGGAGGGAAGAGUCCCUGCGGUUUAGGAGGAGGGGGGCCGGCUGGCCGGGGGUACCGGCUCCGGGUUUGAGUCCCCCGGGGAGAGGGAGGCGGCGGACGCCGGCCCCUCCCCGGCUGGGGCGCUUCCGGGCUCAACUUUGAUACUCCCCGGGGAGCUGUAGACACCUGUCCCGGCCCUGCGUGGGGACCAGUAUAAGAUUGUGUUCUUCUUCCCUCUGCUGUGCUUUAGGGUAGGGAGAAAGAAGUAAACAAACAUUCAUAAUCCGCAUUAUCCGCGGCGACUCUGGGCCUUCUCCCUCUCCCAGCCUGGCUGCCCAUCUGGGUCCUUGGGCCUGCCUCUCUCGCCCUCUCCUUCCCCUGGAGCCCCUCUGCCAACCCAACCUGAAAGUGGUCGGUACCACAAUAACUAGUGACAAGUGUGGGAGACGGAGAGUUUUUGUGAAGUAAGAGGGUUUUCCUUCCUUGUUCCAUGUCCCAAAGCCUUAAAAUGUCAGGGAAACGCAAGCGGGUGGUGUUGACCAUUAAGGAUAAACUUGACAUAAUAAAGAAACUUGAAGAAGGCAGCUCCUCCAAACAACUCUCAGUGAUAUAUGGGAUUGGUGAAACAACAGUUAGGGAUAUAAGGAAGAAUAAAGAAAAAAUCAUAACUUAUGCUAGCAGUUCUGAUUCAACAAGUCUUUUGGCCAAGAGAAAGUCCAUGAAGCCAUCCAUGUAUGAAGAGCUGGACAGAGCUAUGCUGGAAUGGUUUAACCAACAAAGAGCAAAAGGGAAUCCUGUAUCUGGACCAAUUUGUGCAAAAAGAGCAGAAUUUUUCUUCUAUGCUUUAGGAAUGGAUGGAGAUUUUAAUCCUUCAGCUGGUUGGCUAACUCGUUUUAAGCAGAGACAUAGCAUUCGUGAGAUUAACAUCAGAGGAGAAAAAUUAAAUGGAGAUGAAACUGCUGUGGAUGAAUUUUGUAGCAACUUUCGGGAAUUUGUUCAGAGGGAGAAUUUGCAGCCUGAGCAAAUAUAUAAUGCUGAUGAAACCGGACUAUUUUGGAAGUGCUUGCCAUCAAGGACGUUAGCUGUUAAGGGCAAAUUCACUGCUUCUGGGCACAAGUUAAUUGAAGAAAGAGUCACAGUCAUGUGUUGUGCCAAUGCAACAGGUUUACACAAACUUAAACUUUGUGUAGUGGGAAAAGCAAAAAAACCACGUUCCUUUAAAGGCACUGAUACCUCAAACCUGCCAGUCUCCUAUUUCAGUCAAAAAGGUGCCUGGAUGGACCUUUCUAUUUUCAGACAAUGGUUUGACAAGAUCUUUGUGCCACAAGUUCGAGAAUACUUAAAAUCUAAAGGCCUUCAGGAAAAGGCAGUGCUGUUACUGGAUAAUUCACCAACACAUCCAAAUGAAAAUGUCCUGAGGUCAGAUGAUGGCCAAAUAUUUGUAAAAUAUCUGCCACCUAAUGUAGCCUCAUUGAUUCAACCUAUGGAUCAGGGUGUCAUAGCUGUAAUGAAGAAACACUAUAGAGCAGGACUUCUCCAAAACAACUUAGAAGAGGGUAAUGAUCUGAAAAUGUUUUGGAAGAAACUAACAUUAUUAGAUGCUCUAUAUGAAAUUUCAAUGGCAUGGAACAUGGUUAAGCCAGUGACUAUUAUCAGAGCAUGGAAUAAAAUUUUGCCUGGCAAUGAGGAGAAAGAAGGUUUAGACUUUGAUGAAGAAGAAAUUUCAGCAUCUACUUUAGCCACCAUCUUACAGCAUACACAAGGAUGUGAAAAGGUGGACAUUGAGAAUAUUGAACAAUGGUUUGAAGUGGACAGUACUGAACCAGGUUAUGAGGUGUUAAGUGAUAGUGAAAUAAUCAGAAGAGCACAGGGCCAAACUGAUGAAUCAAGUGAAAAUGAGGAAGAGGAAGUAGAACUGAUCCCAGAGAGGAGUAUUAAUCAUGCAGCUGCUCUCAAGUGGACUGAAAAUUUAUUGGAUUAUCUAGAACAGCAAGGCGAUAUGAUUCUGCCUGAUAAAUUGGUAAUACGUAAGCUUCGGGCCACCAUAAGAAAUAAACAGAAGAUGACAGUGAAUCCAACUCAAUAACAAUAUUUUAAAAUUUCACUGUCCUGAUAAUUGUAUUUAUGACUAUUAAUCUAUUUGCAAUUUAGCUUAGUUUUCUUUAAGUAUUCCAAAUUCUCAGAUAUAAAUUCAAAAGCAAAAAUGUAUUCCAAAGCCGUUCAAGUGGGGACUAUUUAUUUUGAUUAUUUUUCUUUUCCCCCUCCAAUUUUGUAGAUAAUCAGAACUGCAAUAUAUAUCUGUACAUAUAUAUAUACACAUACAUAUUUAUAUAUAUAUGUAAAACUUUUAUAUCUAUCACUUGUUCCAUUCCUUAUUUUUGAUCAAGUGGCAUUUUUCUAAGUGUUAAUGGCAAAAUCCUGCAAGUAGCAAAUAGUCACUGAGCACCUUCUUUACAUACAGAAUAAUUUUUUGCCUGAUACUUGGGGCUGCUACAGUUGUCUUUCUUUUGUGCCAACUCUUGCUGCCAUCUUGAAAAAUUGUCUGUUUUUAUUUAUAUAGGUUGUCAGGGUGAAGAAAAACAUAGCAUUAGAUCCAAAGUAAAUAAUUAUAUUUUAAGUUAAUUUUAAAGUAUCCACAAUAGUAGGGGAGUGUAUGGUUGUGUGUGGAUUUUUUUCUUAAAUAUCUCAAAAAGUUGUAAUUAUUAUUCCCUCUAACAUUAAUGAAGAUGACGAGAAAAGGCUGUUCUGGAAAUUUGAAUUGUUGGGUAAUUUUGGAUUGUCUUACCGUUAAAUAUCUUAGGGAGAAUAAACUGAUAGGUGAGAGGAGAACAAGGUUUUCUGUUCCACCUAUUUGUGGAUAAAUGGGAAUUAAGUAUAUUUAAAAUUUUUGCUAAACCACUGGGUUCACAAUAAAUACAGGGUAUUACAUAAAGGAAAACAAAUAGGCCUCUUCUCAGUGAACCAGCCAAAUUGUGGAAAGGAUAGGCUAUCAGUCUAAGAAUAAGUAAUUAAACAUUCAUUGAGAUCAGAGCACAAGACCCUACUUGCAGAGUCCAUCUAACAGGAUAGUUUGGGGAACAUCAUCCUAAUUUGAAAGGUAUCAAAAGGUUCCAUAAUCAAAGUAACUCACCUUUGUAAUACAAAAAAGAAAACCUUAAAAUAGAAAGGUGAAGUGAUGAUUUUAAAUAAGCCAUAUGUUUACAUACUGUUAAUGAAGAAAAUAAGUUAUUUUGAAAAGUUCUAGACCAUCUGGAAUUUAAUUGGUCUCUCUAUGUUUUUAAAGACUGAAGGAAAGAAUGUUUCUUUCUAUUGGUUUUUAAUUUGUGUCAAUCAGGAUUUUGGUGAGUUUCUGUAGUGAACUCAGUAUGUUUACCCAAUGCUGCUGAAGCAUUCAAAAGAUUUAUACCAUAUGCAUAUUGUUUAAAGAAGUUUGUAAUUUGAAAUCAAAAUGUUUUUGUAUUGAAAUUGGUAUUUGGUUUGGCUCUAAUAUGGUUGUAAUUUUAAAGAAUUGCCCUUCAAUUCAUUAGUCAUUAAUAAUAAUAUUUAGUUUUAUCAUCUACAUAUUUUUCUCAUCUUUAUAGUGCCUUUCUUAGAGCUCUAAAAGCCUCUUACAGACAUUUCUAACUUUCCAUAUUGCCAUCUGAAAUUUUCAUGUACCAUAUCUAGGAUAUAAAGUAGUGUCUCUAAUGAAACAUUUGCUUUUAAAAUUAUAUCUGCUGCAUGAACUGUUUCAGGUCACAGAAACAAAUAACAGUAGUUUUUAAAAAGAACUUUCAUUUAUUUGAAAUGAAAAAUCUGUAUUAAAAUUCUCAGAAAUUCUGCCCAAAUUUGUCCAUGAUUUCUGACCCUGUUAGUGAAGUCUAGCUUGUAUUAUUGCCACCUAGUGGUAAGUAAACAUUACUGUUAAAUGGUGUGGUUUUAAACUAUUUAGUAUUAAAUAAGGGAUUCAUUUAUGGUAUGACCAUUGCAUCCUUGCCUGUUUCUAGCUAACCACCAUUCCUAGCUUACCUUCUUUAGUCAAAUACACUUAUCCAUUCUCUGAAAUAAAAGUAGUUUUGAACAGUCAA